UGGGCCCCUGCGGCCGCCGUCGGCUCUGAGUUGCUAUGGAAACCCAGCUGCCCUCACUAUGUCUUUGCAACAGGCCCCUCAGUCCCGGGUAUUCGUGGAACUGGUUCCCUGGGCUGACCGGGGCCGGGAGAACUAUCUGCUCUCGGGCGGAGAGACGCUGCCCGGCCUCCGCCGCCCUCUCUCCUCAGCGCAGGCCCAGACUGCCACCCGCGAGGUGCAUGUAAGCGGCACUGCGGAGGUGUCUGCGACCCCCGACCGGGCGCAGGUGGUCGUGCAGAUGAGCAGCACCAAGGAGGCAGCGGCCGAGGCCAAGAAGAGCGUUUGUCGCCGCCUGGACUACGUCACGCAGACCCUCCAGCAGCAGGGCGUGCAGUCAGAAAAUGUAACUGUGACAAAGGAUUUCAAAAGGGUAGAAAAUGCUUAUCACACUGGAAGCAGAGGGUAUGUCUGCAUUACAUUUACUGAAUUCGGAAAAAUGCAAAAUAUUUGUAACUUUCUUGUUGAAAAGCUAGAUAGCUCUGUUGUCAUCAGCCAACCCCAGUUCUAUCAUACUCCAGGUUCUAUUGAGAAUCUUCGACGGCAAGCCUGUCUUGUUGCUGUAGAAAAUGCAUGGCGCAAAGCUCAAGAAGUCUGUAAUCUUGUUGGCCAAACUCUAGGAAAACCUUUAUUAAUCAAAGAAGAAGAAAUGAAAGAAUGGGAAGGCCAAAUAGAUGAUCACCAGUCAUCCAGACUCUCAAGUUCGUUAACUGUACAACAAAAAAUCAAAAGUGCAACAAUACAUGCUGCUUGCAAAGUAUUUAUAACUUUUGAAGUAAAGGGGAGAGAGAAGAAAAAAAACCGUAUCUGAAAUUCUGACCAAAAUAUAUUGUGUUUGUAUCUUUUUGUCUAUUUUUAUACUUUUUAUAAUGUUUGCUUUUGUCCUGAAUAUAUAUGUAUUGUGUAGUCUAUAAAGUGUUUCUCCCCCAAGUCUGUCAGUCCUUGAAUAUAGUUCCACAGACUACUUAUGUUUACUUUCUGUUUUUGAAAACUUACUAUGGGAAAUACUCUUUGGAAAUAAAUGUGUUAUAUGUGCACACUUGCAUAGUGACAGUUCAUAUAGGUGUGUGUGUAAAUAAUUUGAUAUUCCUACUACAGGAUGAAAUAUUGACACAGUUAUUAACAUGAUUCUUAACAUUCAUAGAAAGAAUGAUGAGCAAUACAUAACUUUUGAUAAAAGGGUAAUGAGAUAUACUAAGAAAAUAUUUUGAUGACUGAAAUAAAAGAUAAUAUAUGGACCUUCACUAGGGCUCC